AUGGCCCAAUUCGUAACCCAACACCGCAUAUUCCGGUAUGUAACCGUUGCACGCCGUAACAUCACAGGAGAGUGGAGAAGAAGGAAAAAUAUAGAGCUACAAGAAAUUUUUAAUGAAAAUAACAUAGCAGAGACGAUCAAGAAAAAAAGGUUGCGGUGGGCAGGACAUGCAAUGCGAAGCCAGAACUCUUUACUAAGAAUGGUUUUAGAACAGAAUCCAGUAGGAAAAAGGCCUUUGGGAAGACCAAAAUUGAGAUGGGAAGAUUUAGUUAAGAGAGAUAUAGAAGACUUAGGAGGCGGAGCAAACUGGAAGGAUUUGGCGAUGAAUAGAGAUGCCUGGAGAAUUGGUUGUGAGACGGGAUGGUCCUAGCGGCCAAUUAACCCAAGAAGAAGAAGAA